UCUCACACAGAUUUGCGUUUUGAUGGAUGGCCCUCGCUCCAGCACUGUCACGGGCUCACAGCAGCUGCGUGGAUGGCUACGAGUCGUAAUCUACUGCUAAAGCCUUGUCGAGGGAGUACAGGGCGGCGUCAUCCUGGGUAGGACUUCAGCUUUAUCAACUCCAGCGCUUACUAGAAUAGGUACGCCCGAGGUAUGCCUCAGCAGUACUCACUGAUGUCGUAUAUCUUCGCAACGGUUUCUGCUACGCAUAUGCUAGGCUUUCGGUGUUGCAUCGCGGGCAAGUUGCUGGCCGACGGGCCAAAUGCAGUGGAGUCAGGGGCUGCCGACGUGCCAACAGAUGCUCGUAUUCUAUCCCAUGACAGGACUAGAACGGGAUGGAGAAGAAUUCGGCGAGGCAGACUUAAGUAUGUAGAUGCAGACUGGGCGCUCAGCUGCGUUUACUACGACGUGAAGGGCCAAUUAGCAUGCGAUGCCGCGAUGUGGUGGCCCGAGCCCCGUCAUUGCCGCUUACUUUUGGCAUGCCCGCGUCCGCGCACCUGACUUCGAUAGCCAUUUCUGAGCCAUUCUGACCGGGCUCGACGCAGGAGAGAAGAUGGAGCAGCGCUGUGUCCGCAGCAAACAGCGACAGCUUA